GUACAGUCACUUGUUCUGCAACAUCGCACUAAUUACAGAGCAGCGGCCGCAAGGCCUGUUAUGCAAUUUCCCAGGCUAACUGUCGGACAAGCACACCGCUGGCCCUGCCAUAGCAUUGCAUAGGUACGCCAACUAAUAAAGAGCUCAAAUCAUUUAGAAAACAGGCUAAGAAGGGGUUAUCGAAACCAGAACGCUUCACCUCGCGGCUUCAGUGACGGACUUUGUCGCCAACGUGCGCGCGAGGCUAUAAAUUGGCGUAUGUGGUGCUUGUAGUUUAAGCAGGCUCAAACACAACGAGUUGCUUGAAGCGGACGUACCUGGACCCCCUGCGCGCCUGCUCCGUCGUCGGCACCGACAAUCGGAGCGUGUCGGCAUGCAGCGGAUUGGGCCGGGCUCCUGGCAGUCGCAGCCUUCGCACGACGCCCCCCUCGGCCGCGACUAUCCGCUGCACGGCUUCUCGCUGCCCCCGGAUGAGGGGCCGCACCGGCCCGGGCCUGGCGCCGGCCAUUUCCACCACCCGCACCAGCACCACGGCCACGGCACCGACUCCCACCUCGGCGUGCGCCACGCCCCCCUCAAAGCGGCGGCGGGCGCCUCCGGCCGUGGCCCCUCUCAGGCGCUUCACGCCUUCCCUAACGCGCUGCUAGAGUACCACCAAAAGCAGGAGCCGAUGAGCGACGACGAUGACAACGACGGCGACGGCGAGGGCGCGGGUCGGGGCAGCGGCGGACCCAACUCCGCCUCGGGUGCUGGGAACGUCGGCGACGCUCUCGACGAUGCCCUGCCGCUUUCUGAGCUACAGCAGGUGUACCACCUGCCGAGCAAGGAAGCUGCACGGCAGCUGGGCGUGAGCCUGAGCCGCCUCAAGCGCUCCUGCCGCGCUCACAACGUGCUGCGCUGGCCGCACCGCAAACUGGCCAGCCUACACAACCUGAGGGACACCAUCCGCAACGACCGCAACAUGAAGCCCCCCGACAAGGAGCGCAUCCAGGCCCAGAUCAGCACGGAGCUGGCCGCCGUCAUCGCCAACCCCGACCACACCAUAGACACGCGCCUGGACGAGAUCCGCCAGGCCAAGUACAAACUCAAGUACUACCACAAGACUAAGCACAUCCACGCCGCCGCAUCCGCCGCGCGCCGCAAGCGCGCCUCCACCGGAGCAGACGGACCCGAGCCCUCUGCAAACUCCGCCGGCGGCAGUGGCAGCGGUGCCGGCGGUGCCGCCGGCGGCGGCCAGGGCGGCUACGGCGCCGCCUCCGUCGCCCUGACGCUGCCCGGCGGCGGCAUCGACGUGACGUCGCCGGCCGCGUCGAUGCUGACGGGCGGCGGCGGCGGCCCCAUGCCGUCGGCGUCUGUCAUCACGACCGCAACGGGCGUGACCACGACCGAGGUCAUGGGCAGCGGCGGCGGCCCCAGGCUGAGCUACACCAGCGGCGCCGGCGCCAGCGGCCUUGGCGGCGGCGGUCUUGUUGGCGGCGGCGGCGGCGCCAGGCUCAGCGGCAGCGGGCUGGCGUGGCCGCCGCAGGCGCCAGGUGGCAACGGCGGUGGUGGUGGCGGCGGCGGCGGCACGCCGUGGCAGCCGUCGUCAGGCAGCUGGCAACAGCAGCCGCAGCCAUGGAGCGGCGUAAGCGCAUUCAGUGGCGGCGGCGGCGGUGGCUUUGGCGGCGGCCAUGGUGGUCGCGGCGGCGUGCAGGGCAAUGACAUUGUCGCGCUUGGCGACACCGGCGGCGGCAACGGCGGCGAUGGUGGUCGCGGUGGCGGUGGCGACCCCAUGAGCCGCGCCGGCUCGUUGACGAGCGGCGCGCCGCUGCCGCAGCUACCGCCCGGUGGCAGGUACACGGGCGGCAGUAACAGCAGCGUGCAGCUGCCUCACCCGCCGCCGCUGUCGCUUGGGCCCCACUUUGGCAGCGCGCCAUCGCAGUCGCAGAGCCACACUGGGGCGCUGCUGCAGCUGCCGCCAGCGCUGCCGCCCACGGUACAGCCGCCCCAGCACUCGCAGCACCAGCAGCAGCACUACCCGCCCAUACACUCGGGCGUGCGCCCGCACCCGCACAGCCCGCAACAGCCGUCGCUGCAGCAACAGCAGCAACAGCAGCAGUACGCGGCUGGUGGCGGCAGCGGCAGCGGGAUGCGCCUGCAGCGCUCGCUGCAUGGAGACGCGUCUGGCGGCGGCCCUGCCAGCGGCGACUUUGGCGGCGGCGGUGGGAUGUACGGCGGCGCGAACAACGUGCUGCGGAGGCCGAGCUACGGCGUGUCUGAUGAGACGCCCGGCACCGGCUCUGGCUUUGGCUUUCAACACCAGGCCCAACAAGAGCAGCAGCACAAUCACAACCAGCACAUGCAUAUGCAGAACCAGCAGCAGCAGCACUCGCCGCCUGCGUCAGUGGUGUACGGCCACUCGGGGGGCCGCCCGCACUCGCAGCCGCACCCGCACCAGGACCCGUCGCUGCAGCAAUACCCCGAGGGACCCGCGAGCGGCCCCUCCAGCGGGCCACUGAGCGGCCAGCCCUGGCAUCAGCAGCCGCAGAUGCAACAACAACAGCAGCAGAUGCAAGCCCCAAACCAGACCCAGAACCAGCCGUCGCUGCUGCAGCUGCAUCAGCAGCAGCAACAGCAGCAGCAUGCGGCUGCCGCGGCAGCGGCGGCCAAUGCGGCGGCGGUUGCGCGGCACAUGAGCGGUGAUUUGGACACGGCAAUGGAGGUGGAGCGGGCCGCGGGUGCGGGCGCGGGAACUGCAGGCGCCAGUGGCGCCGGCGCCUCGACCAUGUCUCACGGCGUCAUCGACACGGCCUGCGCGCCGGUGGGGCAGCAGGGCCAGGGUCAGGAGGCGGCCGCUGCGCAGGUGGCCAGGCACACAUCCGCGUCCGGGGCGGCGCCGGCAGCGGGCGGCCGUGUGGGGCAGUGGAGCACCGCGCCGCAGCUGAACCGCCAGACGUCUGCGCCCGGCCCCCGCCACUCCUACGGAGGCCACGUGUCCCACUAUCCCGACAUCGGCAGCAGCAGCGGCGGCGCCCACGGCGCCGGCGCCGCGGCCAGCCCUCCAGAGUUCCUCUUCACGACCGCUGGCGCCACCGCCGGUGCACCCGGCAGCGGCCACCACCCAGGCGUACCUGGCGACAUGCAACCCGCUCCCGGCGGCCGCGUGCGCAUGCACUCGGUUGACGGCGCCGGCUUCGGCAUCAGCGGCGGCGCAGGGCAUUUCGGCAGUGGCGCAGGGCACUUCGGCAGUGGCGCAGGGCACUACGGGAGCCCAGGCCCGUACGGCGGCGCCCAUCCGUACGGCCACAGCGGCGGCAUGGGCAGCUACGGCAUGCCUGGCAGCGGUGGCCACGGCCCCGGCGGCGGCGGCGGGUACGGCAGUUUUGGCCACGGCCCCGGCGGCGGCGGCGCCCCCGCUGGCGGUUUUGGCGGCGGCCGCGAGCGGUUUUACUCGGUUGACGGCUCGUCCUUCAGUUUCCCAGCCACCGCGCCCAACAGUACUGGCACCGGCUACCCGUCGCUACCCGCGUCGCGUCAGAGCGCCGCCGGCAGUAGCUUUGCCGCUGGCGGCGGCGGCGGCGGCGGCCACAGCUUCCACGCGGGCCCGCCGCCAGCCCUUCCCAGCAGCGCGCCCGCGUACGGCCGCGCGCCGUACGAUUCCGGCGUGCAGACGCCGGGCAUGUCGUCAGUGUACGGCACAGCCCUGACGCCAGUGGCGGCGGCGCCGCCGCCAGGUCACGGGACGCCCGACGCCGGCGGCGCCGACCUGGCCCCUGCGCCGACGCUGACGACGCUGCUGCAGCCGCGCCGUAGCGACGGCGGCGCGGGCGGUGGCAGCGGGCUUGGCUCGCUGCCUGAGGGCUCGGCUGUAGCACACCAACAGCCGCACCAGCACGCGCACCAGCACCACAUGCUACACCCCCUGCCUGGCUGCAGCCCCACGGGCGGCCCCGGCGGCGGUGGCGGCGGCGGCGGUGGCGGGAUGAGUCACGCGGAGGCGGUGCGGCAGCACCUGCUCGCGCCGCGCGACCGCGCCGGCAGCGGCCGCCUCACGGGUACCGGUAGCGGCAGCAUCGGCACCAACAGCGGCGGCGGCAGCGCCUUUGCCCUAGCCGGCCGGUCCUCCAUCGGCAGGGACGGCGGCGCCGCCGGCGUUGGUGGCGGCGUGGGCCUGUCGCCGGCGGAGAUCGCGGCGCAGCUUCGCGCCAGCGCCGUCAGCGGCGGCGGACCGCCAGCCUUCGACCGCCGCAGUGACUCAGGCGAGGUGGCUACGGCUACUGCCGGCGCCGAGCCGCUGCUACUGCCGUCUGCUGGCAGUCCCGCCACCGCUGUUGACGGCAGCGGCGGCGGCAUGGGCCGCCGCCCCAGCAUGGGCAGCGGCGGCGGCGUGACGGCGGACGACGGCAGCAGCGCGCUGGCUGUGGCCAUGGCGGCGGCGGCGGCGGACGUCAACGCCGCGGCGUCUCGCAUGCAGCAGGUGCAGCAGCAGUUUUACAGCCGCUCCGUCACCACGGGCGCGCCGGCAGCGGCGCCGUUCAUGCAGCGGAGCACCUCCAGCGGCGGCGGUGCCGCCACUCCUGGCGCCACCGCGCUGCCGGCGGCGCUGCCGCCGGGGCCGGCCACCGGCGCACCGGGGCUGGGGUUCGGCAUGGGCAUGCCUCCGGCGUCGGCGGAUGCCAGGGGGAUGGCGGCGGCGGCCGCCGCCUUGGGCGAUGGACCCAGCUGGAUGGAGCUGGGCUCCGUCAACAGCGGCCAGAUGCCUAGCUUCCAGCCGCACGCGCCGCCGCCGCCGCAGCGGCCGCAGCCGCAGGAGCACCCGUUCCCACAGCAGCUGCACCCUGGGCAGCCUCAGGCGGCCGCCGACGACGCACAGCUGCGGUACCAGUACCAGCAGCACCAACACCAGCAGCACAGCCAUGGGUCCGGCUCUGGCGGCGGCGCCGCGCUGCCGCCCGGCUGCCACACCGUCACCACCGGGCGCUACGGCUCGCCGCCGGACCAGCCGCCCGCGCCGCCGCCGACGGCAAUGGCGACGGCGGGCUCGCCGCCGUCAUCAACAGCCGGCACUUACCCAAGCCCCGGCGGCGGGAGCCCCGACCUCAGCACCACGCCUCCCGCCGGUGGCAGCGGAGCCGGCGCCAGCGGCGGCGUCGCGGCGAUGCAGGCCGACGGCGGCCAGCCGAGGGCGCAGGCGGCGGCGGCGGCGCCGCCGUCGCGGGCCAACCGCCAGCCGUACCUGGACGAUCUGGCGGCGGCGCUGUACGACACCCUGGAUGACACGGACUUCGGCGGCGGGCGCCGUGGCGGCGGCGGUGGUGGCGGCCGGGGGCGUCGCGGCGGCGCGACGCUGGUCGACGACGGCGAUGACGACACGGAUGGAGACUAUGAUGACGAUCAGGAUCAGCCAGGCCCCGCCGGCCGCGGCGGCCGCGGCGUGGCGGCGGCAGCGGGGGGCGCUACAGGCACCGCAGGCACUACGCCCAUGCGCAUGGGCAGCAGCGCCGAGCUCGUGUCGGGGAGCCACCAGCCGCAGCAGCAGCACCAGUCGCCGAGUCCGGACCAAAUGCAACACCAGCAGCUGCAGGACGGCAGUGGCAGCGACGGCGGCGGCGCUGCAGCCGCUGCCGCCGCGGGCGGCGCCGUCACCGUCGCGGCAGCGGGCGCUGUUGCCGCCGCUGCCGCAGCCGCGGCUGGGGGUGGUGAUGGCGGGCUCACUGGCGGCGCGCCGCCGGGCGCUAAUAGCGGUGCCAUCCCUGCGGCGCUGCUGCUGAGUAGCGGAACCAUCAUGUCCACUGGAGGCGGCGGCGGCACACUGGCCAGUCUGGACUGGAUGCUGAUGGAUGCGCAGAACACGCCGCCGGGCGGCGCGAACGGGCAGCUGCUGCCGCCGCCGCCCUCGCCGCCGCGGCAGUAGGCUGCCGCGUCGGUGUGGCGGCGGUGGUGCGCGCAGCGUACGCGGGUUGCGGUGGCGCCCGGCAUGCAGCAGCGGUAGCGCCGACUACGGCCCUGCUGCUCCCUGCCGACGGCGGCAAGUGCGCCGCCUGCCCCUGUGCGGCCUAGCGGGCCGGGUCUCCUGCCCUGGUGCCCGGGCCUCGUAUUUAAGGUCAGAGGGCUGAGUGUGCAGUCCGUAUUUGUACAUAGGAGGGUGUCGUCAAGGCAUUUGUAUAUAACUCGUUGUACAGGCGCAGCUCUGCUCUGGUGUAUAGGCCGGGACAGUAAGCGUUGGCUUUUCCCGCUGCCUCUUGACUGGGCGUGUCUGCGCGCUCUACUAAUGCAUAAGUACGGUAUCCUAUAAUUAACUUGCAAGUGCGCCUUCAGCCGUGAGCUGGGGUGAUAACUACUCGUGUGUGUGUGUGUGUGUGUGUGUGUGUGUGUGUGUGUGUGUGUGUGUGUGUGUGUGUGUGUGUGUGUGUGUGUGUGUGUGUGUGUGUGUGGCAGGCCUGAGUGGUUGUCGUGUGAGCAGUAUGUAUGAUGCAGCAAACACCCUUCUGCCCGGUUGCUCGGCUCUGACAAGUUUGGUAACGGUAGCGUUGCGGCCAAGGGAUGCGUCAGUGCACAUUUCUGUUGGGGCCCAGCCGCCCUGUAAACAAGAAUCUGUUUGAUGUAGGGAUUGAUGCUCACAGCUCGUGAGGAGGCAGGGCUCAGACAAUUCAGUAUGAGGAGCGAGGCCGGAGAUGCAAGGCUGGAGGCACGUCGCUGGAGGCUGAGUCCAGGCGUUCCCACGCGGUGCGGUCGCGUUCCUUAGGGAUCUUCUAAGGUUUCUAAGGGAUGCGCAGAUGCGGUAUCAUCACUUGGCUGAAGCAAGUUACUGAGUGAGCAUUGACACACGCCUUGCGCACAUCACACACAAACUCUAGCUGAUAGGAAAUGUGCUUGGUGAAGCUGGUCUACAAGAGGUUUGGCGCGGAGGGCCUGCGAGUAUGCUGGGAAGGAGGGGCGUUUGGAAACUUCUGUGCUUGCCUCCUGCCGUAUACGUAUUUAGGCAUUGCUCGCUGGACUUGUACUGGGGACUAUCGAGGCUCGGGUCAAGGGUUGUCGACGCCGCACAGGGUGCGCGUGAGGGGCGUGGGCGGGCUGCGGCCACUGGGUUAGUGGGCGGAGUCGUGCCUCGAGCACGUGCAAGGCAUAUGCGUGUGUUUUACGUGUGGCGGCCCUUGACAUGCAAGGUGCAGCCUCCGCACGGGGCGGCGUGGCGGGCGGACAGGUGCAGGGAGCUUGCGAGAGGCGGCACUGUGAGGCGUAUUGCUGUGGAGGGAGGUGUGAGCAGUGAUUCGAAAUACAAUCCAUCUUGCAAGAGAGAGGAGAACCCAACCCAGAAUGGGACGCGCUCAGUCUGAGUGAUCCGUCCCUUGCUCAACAACCAAAACGUGACCCUUAUUGAACACCAAUUCUCCGCUUUCAUUCAUCCCCCAGGCGCUAGUGCGAGCCGUGGGGGUAGAAUGAAUACCCUGGCUUGUCGUCCUGGAGGUCUCAGGACUCGUCUCUUGGGUGUCUGCAUAAACACAAGAAUAAUGUUUGCGUGGUGGUUUUUGGCAGCAGCUCUUCGGCAGGUGGUGGCACGGCGCGGCAGCGCAGUCGGUUGUGCGCAUGUCGACGUGUGUGUGAGAGAACUGUGUGUGUGGGGCGGCACGGUACACAGGGGGCAGGGGCUUGCAGAUUGCUUCAACAAGCCGGUAGGCAGGAGGUAUGGUACUGGCAGGGGGGUUUGCACAGUCGACACAGCUGCCGCGUGUGUGUAAGUUUUUGUGCGCGUGCCUGGAGUCUCUGAGUGAAAUAAGGGGAGGUGGGUUUAUCGCGUGUAUACUUAAGAGCCCUGGAUUUCGGUGGCUUGCGCGGGGCGCCUCUGGCGUGGGCAAAGGCAUCGCACUCAUCGCACCGGCCGCAUUGAGCACCGGCCGCUGUGGGCAGUGGGCUGUUGCGAUGAACCUGCGGAGUGAGGGGGGCAGAUGGUGUGCGGCGCGGUGGCGAACUGUGAUCACGACAGCCCACGGAAGGCGGUUGAAAUGGGGGUGAUGGGGUGAUUCACGGUGCUGAAUGAAGAGCGGCGGGGGCACGGGCGGCGGGGCGGGUUAAGGCUUGGCCAAACCUCAACCAGAAUGCUUGGGGAGCUGCGGCGUGCAUACCACGCACCUCGAUUGCGCACUGAGCACGGCGUCGGGUGUCGUUGCGAUCAUGUGUUCGUAAGAACCGGUGCUCGUCGCGUGAGGUAGGCGAGCGCGCAUGUGUAGCAUAUGCAUCUGCCAGGUGUGUGCCGCAGUCCGCUGCCACCGCACCACGCACGUCUGUGUGUAUGUACGGUUGGAGCACCUCGAAAGUCCUGCUGGACACAGAUGCAUGGUCUGCCUCGACACUCAAUAUCGAUUUGGUUGCAUACCUUAGUUGCUGUGACUGCCGGGUUUGGUGGAGAGGGUUUGUGGGCCGUUGCCGCGCUGCGCACUGCUGCUCAGUAGCAUGAGCGUGUGGGGGGGGGGGCGGCGACAGCAGUGCCGUGCAGGCCGGGCGUGCCGUGCAAUGGCUUCCUCGACAGGACGGCGGCAGGGCGGUGGCAGGGCGGUCCAGAACUGCGGGCGCGUGUCAAAAUGCAUGAUGCAUGUGUGUGUGUGUGUGUGUGUGUUACAGGAUUGGAAGUGUGCAUUGGGGGGGCUCAGCCUGUAACAAAAAUGCAUG